AUGGGAGAAGCGCGCGAGCUGCUGCAAGAGCGCUACACAUCCGUCUCUUCACUCGACCUCAGCUCAGUCAGCAGGAGAAAAAUGGGCGCAGCGCUUUCUACGAAGAAAGCGACGAAAAUGAGUGUGGACGAGGUGGAGGUGGUGGAGUUGUGCAUGGUGGCACCCUGCCAGGAGACGCCUAGGAGAGGCAUGUGGCUCUCCCCGCUCGACCUCUUGCUGCUCAACAGAGGCCACACCCCCGCCGUCUACUUCUACCCGUACCGCUCCUUGCCCGGUGACUUCUUCGACGUGGCCAGGCUCAAGGCAGCGAUGGCCAAGGCACUCGUGGCUUUCUACCCCCUGGCCGGCCGUCUCGGCAUGGACGGCAACGGCCGGGCAGAGAUCGACUGCACCGGCCAGGGCGCGCUCUUCGUCGUCGCUCGCUCGGACCUCACCAUCGACGACUUCCGCAGCUUCUUGCCGUCGCCCGAGCUGAGGACGCUGUUUGUUCCCCGCGUCGAAGACCACUCGCCGUCCGUCUUGUGCGCUGUCCAGGUGACCUUCUUGAAGUGCGGCGGGGUGGCAUUAGGGACGGCGCUGCACCACGUCGCCGUCGACGCCAUCAGCGCGUUCCACUUCUUGCAGACGUGGUCUGCCUUCUCCAAGGGCGGCGGCGCGGCGGCGCUAGAGCUCCCGUUCCACGACCGCACCCUCCUCCGCGCGCGCUCCCCACCCUUUGUCCACCCCGACGCCUUCUCGGUCUUCAGCCCCCAGCUGAAAUUAUCCGUCGAGCCGUCGGAGACCGUCGUCACCCAGGCUUUCGUCGUCUCCAAGGACCAGGUCACCGCUCUCAAGCGUGCCUGCGUCGGCGGCGACGGCGGCCGCGUGAGCACGUUCUGUGCCCUGAGUGCCCACGUGUGGCGGUGCGUCUGCGUCGCCCGCCGGCUGCCACCGGACGCUACCACCCGCCUGACCUUCCCGGCCAGCGUCCGGCGCAGCAUAAGGCCACCACUCCCGCCUGGCUACUGCGGCAACGGGAUCAUCUGGCUUGGCGCGGCUGGCAAGGUGCGAGACGUCGCCUCCUCGGAGUCGGAGAACCUGGUGUUCGUGGCCGGCCAGAUCAACAGCGCCGUCCGUCGGAUGGACGACGAGCUAGUGCGCUCGGCGAUAGACUACUUCGAGCUCACCGAGAUCAACAGCAAGCCGGCGCCGGGGCGCAUGCCAGAGACGGAGCUGCGGGUGAUCAGUUGGCUUGGCAUGCCGGUGUACGACGUGGACUUCGGGUGGGGGAAGCCGCUGGCAAUGCUGCGUGCAGUGUCGGAGCGCGCCGGGUUCGUCUAUCUGAUGGACAGCAGGAAGGGGGACGGCAGCGUGCGCGUCCUCAUGUGUACGGAGGCCGCGAUCCUCAACGACUUCCAGCGCCUACUGUACGCCCGGUUCUAG